GUUCAGAGCUUCGAAAAGGAGACGCUGCCAUUCAAUUUGUUGCCUGGUUGCACUGCGGUGAAACUUCUGCUCGAAACAUGAAACUCUUUUACACGUAUUCGUAAUCUACUGGUUUAGUCCUCAAGUUCAUUUCGUGACUCAAUGGGUUAAGGAAGGGGCGAAUGACUUGAAAGAUUUGAGGACGUUAGUGUACCAGUGUUAGCUGCACCUUGUGCUGUGCUGUGAACGAGCUCGCUUACUCCAGACUUGUUUAUUGGUGUUGGUGAAAACAAUGUUCAAACUUUGAAUGUUUUGAGAAACAUAUUUUAUGUAUUUCAUUUGUUCAACCGACAAUUUGAUUGAGGGGGCAGGAUGAAAUAAAUAGGACAGAAAAGCGCUCCAUAAUAAUAAUAAUAUAAAUGUCCUAAAGUGCCUUGAUGCAGUGCCGUGUCAGUCAAAAAGUGAGUGCAUGGUGAAGAAACUUGUUUCUGGUUUUACUCAACAACAAAUUUUGGUUAGUCUUCCGAACUGACAUUUAGACUGAAAAUUCUCUCGAAUACUUAACUUGAAAAACAGAAUGUUUAUUUGCACAGUUGGAGUUAACUUUGUGUGAAGCUUAGUCAGAAAAUAUUCGUGUUCAGUUUAUUAAUUGAUCCUCUAAAUAUUAUUUCAUUUGCUCCUUUGGCAUUGCUUAUCCUGGAGUGAACGCCACUGAAGAUCGGUCGUCAAUUUCACGAGUUGGCAGAGGCUGAAACGUUCGCUAUGCUCGCCGUGAUGUCGACCCUCAACGCUGAGCCCCACUCAUCACCAUCGUCACCUCAAACGCGUUUACAAACUCCACCACCCUUUCCUUCCAGCUCAUCACAUACCUCUACCUCUUCUCCUUCUCCCCUUCCAGCCUCAAUCUACCCUCUGAAUUUCUCCCGCCAUCGGAGAGAUUCUUCUCCUCAGCCAUACGACGUCCACUUCUCCACCUCACCAGCCCUCACUUCCAGUUCACAGACUCUUACUUCACAAGUUAUUCCUACUUCCUCAUGCGCCGCGAUUUUUUCCUCAAUAAGAUCAAUGGCAACUAUGGGGUCUAGACCCAGCGACAUGCCACCAACUGCAUCCCUCCCUUCACCAAUCAAUUUCCCUUUCCAGUUAAAUUUAGACGGUGCUCGAGCUAACAUCCUUUCUGGAUCCCGACUCGUUCCGCCUUUGUUGCCCGCGGCAUCUUUUUUGCCACCGCAUGCGUCCGGAAUUUCACCUCGUCAAUCUUUGGUUCGAAGGACCCAGCCGGGGAUUCGAGAGCUUCCUUCAGGAAUUCGUGAACUCCAUCAGGUGUCUAUGAGUGAAACCAACCGCGGUAUUAAGCGACAUUUCGAUCAGAUGAACAGUGAGCAAAGUUUGUACAACAAUGGAGAAGCGAAACGUGACAUGGGCGUUCGGCUUGAAACGUCCCACGACAAGUUUCCGAGCGGGCACUUGGGUGUGAUGGGUGGCAGUCGCUUGCCGCCCCACGGGCCUCUCAGGCUCAUCCCCCCGAGCUUGGAGGAGCCCAGGAGGAAGCAGCGGAGGUACAGGACGACCUUUACGACCCAGCAGCUCGAGGAGAUGGAGCAGGUCUUCAUCAAGACGCAGUACCCAGAUGUCGUCACCAGAGAAGAGUUGGCCAUGAAGAUCGGCUUGACAGAGGCCAGGAUCCAAGUAUGGUUCCAGAACCGGCGAGCCAAAUGGCGCAAGCAGGAGAAGGGCAUGAACGCUGCAGCCGCCGCCGCGGGGCAACAGGGCUACCCGGCCGAGUUGCUGGCCAAACUCCACUCACUUCCCUCCGGUCCCUCCCCAUCCCCUCCUCCUCCUCAUCACCAAGAAAAAACUGAUGUGCGAUUCCCUCAGCACCUCAUCUAUGCUCAUCAGCCUCCACGUGACACUUCCCCAGGCCCAUCCUGCUCCUCCCCCCGCAGCCUCAGCCCACAUAAUGAGAAUUUUGCUUCCUCCCGUGAAGAAGCUCACGACUUCAGAUACCCGCUGCUGACGCCAUCAUCUCUGCUCUAUCAGAAUUCCUUCCACGCGUUUGUGGCACAUCUUAAAUCCCGACACGAGCAGGCCGAACUCAGAAGAAAAGAUAUCAACGCGGCUGAUGAUUCAAAGAGCAGCGUUGAUUCAAACGAAGACAGGACAGAAGAUAAUACAGUUGAAAGUCAUGAACCAAGAGAAGGAUCAAUUGAAACUAAUGCGAAGGAGGAAGAAAACAAAUAUGAACCUGAUCACGAUGUUGAGCCCACGGAUCUCAGCAACAAGAAAUCCAUGACCGACGAAAGUGAUGCUGCAAACGAUGUUGCAAAACAGGAUAUUGGAAAACAUUUAUUACAAUCUCACGAUGAACCUUUUAGUUGGCGAUUUUCUGAAUUCCAGCGCGGUUCAGUCGAGCCAUUACAUUCUUCAGCUCCAGAGGGAGCUGCACAAAAAUGUUUUAUCCCUACACCAUCAGGCACUUGUCCUGGAGGCUCGAGAUCCAUUGACAACUCAGCUAACAAAAUAGAGGCAGAAGAAACCGAAAACAAUGUCACCACACGUGAACAUACGACCUUAGAUCUUCAAGCUAUGGUUGCGUUCAGGGCUCUGGAGACCAGCAGGACUCUGGAUCUUGCAACUCUGGAGCAAUACCGACGUUUGUUGGAGAAGCGAAGUCUGGAGGCCAAAUUAAAGCAAGAGAUGAGCCGUCAGUUGACUCUGGCAGGUCUACAUAGAGCUCAUGAUGACAUACCACUACCUUACCAUAACAACAUCAAAAGCAACAAUAACAAUAAUGAUUCCAUGAAGUGUAACAAUGGUAAAAGUUUUCAUUCAUUCCCCGAAAUUUCUUCCCCAGGCCGUACGCCUCCUCCUACUCUGGCUGAAGAUAAGGUACAAGGCGAUAAUGUUGUUCCAAUUAAGCUCGAGCCCAGCCAAAAUAACGAAGAAGGUUGAUGCUGUAAUUACACCGGAAACUGCUGCAAUUAAUGGAAUGCUUGUGGCUCAGAAUCCAUGAAACAGUUCGACGAAAUAUUAUGUUUAAGAAACCAUAUUACAUAAAAGUUUAAAAUAAUUUUAAUCAGCCUCCAGUCACCUUCAAGAAAUCAGUAUCUUAAUUCAUAAACAUGUUCAAAUGUUAUCUUAAAAAAUUGAUCUGUUAUUCCAUAGGUAUUAUUUGUU